AUGGAUUUUUACAAAUGGUGUAGCGUAUUGUGCCAGCUAUGGUUGCUUCCAUCUUGGAUAACAACGAAGACAUUACCGGAAGUGGUUGGGGAAAAUGUUACAUCACAAUUAGAUAUUCUUGAAACCUCUUCUGAUUUAACAACCAUAUCAAAUUCCAAUGUGACUGAAAAUUAUGAGACAAUAUCUUCUGCUACAACAGUCAUUUCUUCCAAGACGACAACUCUGUCGAGGAAUACAAAAAUAGUAAAUCCGGACUCGAAAAUUAGUCCUUCACUACGGGAUUUUACGACAAAACCAUCAUUCCGAGAAGAAAACAUAACAGCUGUUAUUGAUAAAACAUCAGAAAAUAAAUCUUCUUUUGGUGGUUAUACGACGGUGCCGCCGUCUGACAACAGCAGUGUUGUAACUGAAACAAGUCAAAAUGUGUCAGUCAAAAUAACGAAUGUUACCGAGGGACAGAAACGUGAUAACAUGACUAAUGAAUUAGAGGGUUUCCGGGAGACUACGUCGGUGAUUUACACAACCGUAGAAAUAGACAAAAAUAGCACCUCGGUAAACAUUACCACACCCUUGAAUAUUAAGGACUUCUCCAAAACCACACCAUAUAUGGAGAGUGAGAAUGACACUUCAGCUAAUGGUUCAUCGUCUAUUUCUCCUCUGUCGAGUACCAACUCAAUGUCGAAAACGGAUGUGACGUCAUCUAGUAAGAAAAAGAAACCAUUUGUAUGGACAACUCCCCAUCCCAAUGUCAUACGACAUAUGUGGUUAGCCAAGCGAGCCAGAAGCCGGACACAUACCGGUUCACUUCAUCAUCUUAGUCUAGUUCCAAUAGAAGAUGGACCAUUUGGAAGUCUUAUUUGGAAGGACAAGAAAUACUUGAUAACAGUCCUUGUUCCCAUUGGAAUAGGCAUUAUUGGUGCCGUGUGCAUCAUUUCCAUGGCGUAUGUGGUUCGCUUCUGUCACCGGCACGAGAGGAAAAUGCAAGAAAUCCGAGAAACCAUUCAGAAGAGAUACUCAAAUCAAAAUGACCAAGUCAUUCUUCUCACAAACUCAUCAGAUGAUGAAUUUUGA